AUGGCACUUGAAGCUCUAAACUCUCCGGCAACCACCACCACCACAACACCACCGCCACAACCACCACUUUCCACCCACUACAACUUUCCGACCACCACUCACCCAUCAGAACCACCAUACCCCACUGAAGAAGAAUACAUAGCUUUUUGCCUCUUAUUACUCUCACGCGGCAGCGCCGCCACCACCACCACCACAACCACCGCCACGUCGCCAUCACUUGUUUCUUACAAAUGUAAUAUUUGCUAUAAAGAAUUUUCUUCUUACCAGGCACUUGGUGGCCAUACAGGAACUCACCGGAAAAAAGUCUCCGCCGGCAACCACCGUCACCCAUCUACCUCCGCCGCCCCCACCACCACCACUUUCUCUUCUUUGAUGGCUAGUUUCAGGACCCACGAGUGUUCCAUCUGCUACCGGACUUUUCCUACCGGCCAAGCACUCGGUGGUCACAAACGGCGACAUUAUGAAGGCAAAAUCUCCCGCACCGGAAACUUGGGAUUUUACUAA